ACAAUUUUUCUUUACGUAGCAACAACUGUGACGCAAUCUGGGAGAGAUUCCAGAAUUCAUUCCUUGGAAAGGACCCAUGCAAAGUCAAUGAGAAAGACUAUGACCUGCUUAUCACAACAGUGCAGCAGGAUAUACCUUGUAGUAAGUCCCUGUUCUGGAGCAAGACAAGUCAGAUAGCUCACACCUUCACUGAUGCUACAAAGUGUUCCAUGACUUUGGAAGACACUCUUCUUGGGCACAUGAUGGAUGGUCUGAAGUGGUGUGGCCAACAGCACAGUAAAGAAUUUAAUUAUAAUUCCUGUCCAGAAUGGAAUGAAUGUGAAUUUAAUCCAGUCAAGUCAUUUUGGAGAAGGGCAUCGGCAAAUUUUGCCGAAUUAGCUUGUGGCAAUGUCAUGGUGAUGUUAAAUGGAUCCUUGGACAGUCCUUUCAAUAAACAAAGCAUUUUUGGAAGUGUUGAGAUCGAGAACUUUGAUCCAAAGAAGAUUAGCUACGUCAGGAUAUGGAUGAUUGACAGCCUAAAAGACAGGGCCUCAUGUGACAGCAAUUCAUUAAAAGACUUGGGCACAAUCUUGAAUAACCGCGGCUUGAAGUUUGAUUGUAAGGACAUUGACAAGUCUGAGAUUCUACAGUGUAUUAAAGACCCCAGCUCUCAAUCCUGCAAUUGUGGCAACUGGAACUAAUUAAGUAACUAUGUAUUGCUGAUUUUCAAGUUUAUUUUUUUACUUUUACUGUUGUUAUUAUUAGGUUUCUUUUAUUUUUUAUAUUUUUUUUAAAUAGCGCUUUGCAGAACACUAAUGUGUGUAAUGAUUUGUGACAAUCAUGUUUUUGGAAUGUCUGUAUUGUUUAAUAAAGCCAGCCAUUUAGCUUUUUAUGUAACAAUUAAUCUUGUUUUUCACCUACAUGUUCUGUAUCAAAUGUAACAGGAAAAAAAACUUUUGUAUGGUUUCUAACUGACUUGUUCUGAACCUCAUAUCCACCUACUUGUGUUUGGGAAGAGAAAGCAAAAAGUAAAUGAGUAUGCUGAUCAACUAGCAGGGUGAAGUAAGUGCUUGAUGUCACUGCCCCAUGCUGCUAUGAGUGGAAUGCAAUAGGGAGUGCAGUGGUCUUGUGGCCUGUAAUAAACAGAACUGCUAGGAAUCAAUUUCCUAUUAAAUAAUGUACGAGGACAAAUACAUAUUUUCUAUGUUGAGAGUUUUGAGAACCUGCAAUUGAGUUUUUGUUUAUUUUGUAGUGUAUUUUCAAUCUGUGCUACUGUGGAGUUGGAUUUUAAAUCAUCUAAGAAAGCAACAAGGAGUGACCAAUGUAAAUGUUUAUCCAAAUAGAUACAUCUUUAGCUUUUGGGAGGCUGUUGAAGUGUGUCCACUUUGUCAAAGCAUUAAGUAUUGUUGUUUAAAAAUAAAAAUAUUCUCAGACUUUUUUUUUUUAGAAUUGGAUUUCUGUUUGACUUUUUUUUUUUUUACUUUAAGAAAAAAUCAUCAUAAUCGUAAUUGAGUGCACAAUUAUUUUUACAUAUGAUUUUUACCACAAUUACCCACAACAGCUCAGGAGAACUGAAGGUCAGUGGGCAUCUUCCGAUACCACUACCAAGCCAGUCGCCUAUUUACACCCAGGAACACGUGAGUGGAUGUGUCCAAGCUACCAGCCUCUGGAGGACAAAGGCCAACACUGCAGGUGUUCUCUU